AUGCUCCGCGCUGCACGCCUCAGCGCGUCGACGCUGUUCCGUCGAGACCCCGGACUCCUGCCACGGCUCCUGACGGGGCGCGUGAGCGCCGCACCGUGUCUCCAGCGCGCACCGCUGAGGCGGUCCGCCGGCAACCGCACGCAGCUUCUGGCCUCUGCUCACUCGCGCGAGGUGUCGUCCACGAUGGCGGAGGCGGCUGCGUCGCGCAUCGUCAACGGCGUGACGUAUCUGUGCGCCAAGGACGCGGCUGAGGUGGACGUGGAGCUCAUGGGAGCGCUUGGGUUCUCGGUGGACCAGCUGAUGGAGCUCGCGGGCCUCAGCGUGUCGUGCAGCGUCGCGGAGGUCUUCCCGGUGGACGGCCACCGGCGCGUGCUGGUGAUCUGCGGGCCCGGGAACAACGGCGGCGACGGGCUGGUCGCGGCGCGCCACCUCACGCACUUCGGGUACUCCGUGAGCGUGUGCUACCCGAAGCCCACCGACAAGCCCCUGUACAACGGCCUCGUCACCCAGUGCCAGUCCCUGGGGCUCAACUUCGUGCCCGCGGCCGACGUCGCCGACGCCCAGGACCUCAAAAGCUCGUAUGACGUGGUCGUCGACGCGAUGUUCGGCUUCUCGUUCAAGGGCGCCCCGCGGCCGCCCUUCGACGGCAUCCUCGCCGCGCUCGCCCCGGGCCGCAGCCCGCCCCCCGUCGCGUCCGUCGACAUCCCCUCUGGGUGGCAGGUCGACGUCGCGGACGCACAGCCGGGCCUCCGCCCCGACCUGCUCGUGUCGCUCACCGCCCCGAAGCUCUGCUCCCUCGCCUUCGCGGGCCACCACCACUUCCUCGGCGGCCGCUUCGUCCCCCCGGCCAUCCGCGAGCGCUUCAACCUGCAGCUGCCCGCCUUCCCCGCCACGCACCAGUGCGUGCGCAUCGGCGGGCACGCGGAGCUCAACAUCGCGGACAUGCGCGUCGACUACCGCGGCGGCGCCCUCGACGAGUCCGACGCCGCGGGCGACCCGUACGCGCAGUUCAACCAGUGGAUGCAGGACGCCGUCGACGCCGGGGUGCCCGAGGCCAACGCGGUGGCGCUCGGGACCGCGGACGGCGAGGGGCGGCCGUCCGUGCGGAUGGUGCUGCUCAAGGGCGUCGAGGCGGACCGCGGGUUCGUGUUUUACACCAACUACGACUCGCGCAAGGGCGGCGAGCUGGCCGCCAACCCCCGCGCGGCGCUGUGCUUCUUCUGGGAGCCGCUGCAGCGCUCGGUGCGCAUCGAGGGCGACGUCGAGCAGCUCCCGCCCGCGGAGUCGGACGCGUACUUCCAUUCGCGGCCAGUGGGGAGUCAAAUUGGCGCGUGGGUGUCGCGGCAGAGCACGGUGCUGCAGGGGCGCGGGGAACUGGAGGCGCGGGAGCGGGAGCUGAAGGAGAAGUACGGCGACGGGCCCGUGGACCGCCCGCCGCACUGGGGCGGGUACCUCGUGCGUCCGCGCGCUGUCGAGUUCUGGGCGGGGCGGCAGUCGCGGCUGCACGACCGGCUGCGGUACAAGGCGCAGGACGGCAAGUGGACCAUCGAGCGCCUCUCGCCGUGA